CCUACGAACCUCACCCCUUCGGGUGCCUGGCCCAGCUAAAGGCCUCCGCACCCCUACAAAGCCCUAUCUCCCCAAUCCCCCGGGACUGGCAAACUGAGACUGGGAUCGGGCAGGCCGGUGCUCGAUCCAGUAGCUGGGGAUGCUCUGGGCAGCUGGUAGGGCAGAGGAGACUGGCGACGUGUGAGGGCGCGGGAGACGACGGAAAUCGGGCUAGUGGACAAGAGGGCCACAGCUCCGCUGCCGGGAGCGUUACCACAUCCAUCCCACGGGAGCAGGGACUGGGCACCUCCGCACCCCGGGACUUGAAACGGCCAUGCCGUGAAAAACAGAUACAACCUGGUAGAGGAGGGUUGCGAUUCACGGCUCCCGCUACACAGCGAAGAAGCCUUUCAGCACGGCAUCCAAUUCCAGGCCAAGUAUAUUGGGAGUUUGGAUGUACCCAGACCCAACAGCCGCAUGGAGAUUGUAGCCACAAUGAGGAGAAUCCGGUGUGAAUUCAAAGCAAAAAACAUUAAGAAAAAGAAAGUUAGCAUCGUGGUGUCUGUUGAUGGUGUGAAGGUGAUUCUCAGGAAGAUGCAGAAGGUAAGUACCCCUUAUCUUCCCUUUUUUCCAAGGAGAAGACCCUUUCCUGGGGCAGAACCUUCCAGAGAGAGAGUGUUCAUGACCAUACUAUUUCCUUCCCAUCCUCAAGUGCUAAGGUGGCCUUAAUAACAGCCUCCCCCAUGUAUCAGGCCCCAAGGCAAGAAAAGCUUUGACAUCUUGAGGUGAGACUGAAUAGGAAAGAAAGGAGGGAGCAGGACCAACAGCAGUGAAGUAGUGAUAAAAAAUGACACUGAACUUAGAGUAAGAGGAUAUAGGUUUAAAUCUUAGCUCUUCAUAUAGAACCUUUGUUUAUGAUUUUAGGCAAGUCAAACCUUUACAGCUUCAGGUAGAUUAGAAAAAAUUUCCUUUCCUGCUCCAAAUCUUAAAUGUUUGCCCCUUAGCAGGGAUAUUCAAGGUCUGACUUCUCUUCUGUCUCUCCAUUGUAUCUGGCCUUCUUCCUUUCUCAAGCCUCCAUUUCCAUCCAUCUUUAUCACCUCCUGCCUGAAUUGCCACAUUGGUCUCCAGUCUCCCUCUUUUGAGGCUUUUCUGCCAGACUCAUCUAUUUACAGCAUAGUUCUGAUCACAUUCUUCCCCUGUUCAAACACUAUGGUAGUUUAGUAAAAGGAGGGCUAUAUUUGUAAUAAUAAGGCCUUGGUUCAAAUUCUGAUUUUACUAUUUAUUAUGUGUAUAACAUGAGCAGUCACUUUUUCUCUCUCAUGGUCUCAGUUUUCUCAUCUGUAAAAUGAAGGGGUUGAAUUAGACAAUCCCUGAAGUCCAUUAUUCUUGAACUCCUCCAUCCUUUCUGAAUCUUUUUCAUCCCACAAGACUCAGGUCAUGCUACCAUGGCUUUCAGGAAAUUUCCAUGGCUUCUUUCCUCCAAAUCCCCAUCACAGAAGCUCUCUGUCCCACUAUGUAACUCUUGAGUCAUUCCUUAAACCAUCAUAGAAUUUAAAGCUGGAAGGGACCUUAGAGAUCAUCUCAACCAAUGUUUCACCCAGUCCAGGGUUUGAAUCUCUGACUCUAAACCCAGUGAUCUUUCCACCAUAUCAUGCUGCCUCAUGUGCUCAUCAUUCCAUACUGUUUCCAGCAAUAAAUUGUAAACUGCCUGAAGACAGGGAUCUGUUUUUUUUCCUUUCUCUCCCUGAUGAUCCCAUCUAAACAGCACUGUGCUAAACCCUUAUUUUUGUUUGUUUGUUUGUUUGUUUGGUUUGGUUUUGGUUUUGGGGGGUUUUGUGUUGUUUUUUUUCUGCUUCUCUACAGAGGAAGGAGUGGGCCUGGGAAGAAAGCAGGACACUGGUGAUGCACGACCCUGUCUACAGAAUCUUCUAUGUGUCCCAUGACUCUCAAGACUUGAAGAUAUUCAGCUACAUUGCCAGGGAUGGGACCAAUAACUCCUUCCGGUGCAACGUAUUUAAAUCCAAGAAGAAGAGCCAGGCCAUUCGGGCAGUAAGGACAGUUGGUCAAGCCUUUGAGGUUUGCCACAAGCUGAACCUACAACACCCUCUGCCAAGCGCUGAGGCAGCCAACCGCCAGCUCCCAGAAAAGAGGUCUCAAGCAGCUUAUCACCUAGAGGGAAGGAAACUGAGAGAGGAGAAUGGAGCCGAUGGUGACUCUGAUAGAGCUAUUCUGAGAGAGCAGGCCAGCCAAGCCAAGCUGGAAAAGGAAGGACCCAGAGAGGUAUGUCGCUGCGUCCAGGACAUUGGAGCUGGCUCUGCCCAUCCUGCCAGUACCCAGCCAUGGUCACCUUCGAGAAGCCUGGAAUCCUCUCCCAAGUCAUCCAUCAUGCCAGUAACACCCCUGUUGACUCCACAUUGCACUCGGCUCCUCCAUCAUCAGCUUCUCCAACAAUGGCAGCAGGCCCAGGUAGCCACUGCCCAGGUACAGCUUCUCACAGAUCAGCUGGCUGCAGAAACAGCUGCCAGAGUGGAGGCCCAAGCCAGGAUUCGCCAGUUGCUGUUGACCAACCGGGACCUGCUCCAGCACAUGGCUCUGCUGGGUCGGCAACUGAGGGAACUAGAGGAAAGAGCUUGGGGCCGACAUAAUGGUGGUCAAUCUCUGCAGAGCUUCAGUCUUAGCUUGGACCGGGCCUCCACACUGGGUCCCAAGGCCCAAAGGAGCCAGGACACUGUGGGAAAGGUUAGCCUGACUUUGAGAAGUGAGCAUCUGCCUGGGCUCAGCCAGAGAGAGGAAGACUCCAAGGAAACUGAACAAGGAGGGAGUCCGUCCAGUAUCACAACCAAUAAAGAUAGGUUGUUGAUGUCACCAUCCAUUCCCAAGCUUCACCCUCCACCCCCUACCCUCAAGAAGAGGUUGACCAAGACUUCCCUCAGCCUGGACUCAGAGCCUGACCUGGGACAGCCAUCCUCCUUUGGAAGCCCAGAUUCAGUGAGCAAUGACACCCUGGAGGAGGUCAAAGCUGGGGCCACUCAGUGGCGCCUCUCAGCCGCAACCUUCCCAUCUGGAGCCAAUGACACGAUCCUGCACAUCAGUUUCUCUGAUGAGGAUGAGGAGGAUCCAGCCAUCGAGGCUCACAUUCCUGCAUAAACCCACCCCAACCCCCUGGCUUUUCUCCUCCUUUUCCUUCUUCCUUUUCCUUUGGAUCCUACCAGGGAAAGGCCUCCAGAUCCACCUGGAGCUACCUACAGUGUACCUAAAUUUGAGUAUAGGGCAGAAAUAGCCUACUAUAGUGUUAACAGCACUGGACUUGGAGCCAGAUGACCUGGGUUCAGAUCCUGGUUCGGUUCCCAAGCCAUCGGUGUGAUGCAAGACAAGUCACUAAUAUCCUCUGGACCUCAAUAACAUCAUCUGUGAUUUGAUGAGGUUAGACCAGAUUAUCUCUAAGAUCCCUCUCAGCUCUUGAUCUUAUGACCAUUCCUUGUGAAACAUCAUGGUGUAAUGGCAAGAGCAUAGUCUUGCAGUCAGAAGAGGUAGAUUUAAACCCCAUCUCUGACACUUUAGCUAUGUGAACCUGGGCAAGUCAUUUCACCUCUUUGAGCCUCAGUUUCCUCCUCCGUAAAAUGGGGAAAGAAAUCUUUGCACUACCUACCUCACAGAAAGCACUUUGUGAAUCUCAAAGUGCUCUAGAAAUGUGAGCUGUUUUUUUGUUGGAGAUCAGCUCACUUCCGAGUUGCUUUACAUGUUUGUUUAUUUAAUGAGUUAACCAUAGCCUUAACCAGCUGAGCAAUUAGAAAUUAGAUGUCCCAACUUCCUACCCACCCCCAGACCUUCUGCUAAGAUUUCUUCUUUAAUUCUCCUUUUUGCUUAUCAGUUUCUUCAUCUUUAAAAUGAGAAUAUUGGACUAAAAUGCUCUCUAAAGUCCACUCCAGCUCUCAAUGGCAUCUUUGCUCCCAUCUAACUGGUCUUUGCUCCCAUUUUCUUUUCAGUCCUAGAACGGGUUUUUCCUUCCUCCAUUUUCCUCUGAUAAGGUCCUUUCCAUCCUUCAAGGCCCAAUUCAGCUCAUCCUUCCUCUGCAGAGCCUGCCUUGAACAUCUCCACUUCCUUUCUCUCCCCAGAAGAAAGAGAUCUCUCUCUCCCUAAAUUUCUGGAGUACUAUGAGGGAAGCUCUGCUCUACUCCUAUUAUAUUUUCCUUGUGUCUUGUUUAUGUGUGUCUAUGGCAUUGCCUUCUCCCCUCCCCUUACAACUGUGAGCUCUAGAAGUGCUGCAACUAUUUUUACUUUCUGUCUUUGUUUUCCACAUGGAGGCAGGUAGUAAGUAAGAACCUUCAUGCUGGAAGGGACCUUAAGGGUCAUCCAAUGAAACUCUUACAUUUUGCAGACGAGAAAACUGAAGCCCAGAAGGAGAGGUGACUUGCAAAAGGCAAGGAUUUGAAUCCAGGUCUUCCAGACUCCAAAUCCAACACUCUCCAUUAUAUUACACUGCCUCGUGUUGCAUUGUAAAUGUCUGGGAUGGAUAGAAAUAUAAAGUUUUAUCCUCCUGGGUGUCCCAGUUCACAUUUUGUGACCCUUGGCUGGGCCUGCAUCAUGAUCAAAUGGGAGUUUGUCUCAAGCCUUUUGCAAAUUUUCAAGUGCUAUAUAGAUGUGAACCCUUAUUAUUUCAUAAUCUUAAGAAGGUCCCUCCCUUACUCCCUGGGAUCUGAUAAACCUCUGACUCUUGUGGAUCUAGAAAAUCUCAUUCAGAAGCAUUGCUCUGUCGUUCCCUAAUGCCCUUCAUAGGAAUGAAUUGAUUAAGACCUUUUCAAGAAAUAGGAAGUGUGGAGACAGAGCAGCAGAAAGGCCUUGAACCACCUGAAAUUAGGCUUGGGAUGGAGCAGAUGGAUGACAAUGCAGACAAAAGUUACUGAUUUCACAUUUUGGCCAUAAACAAGGAAUAUAACCCAUAUAUGAUGUAGAGUCCCCACAUCUAUACCUAUCUCCAGUUUUUAAAGCACUUUCCUUAUAAGGAAAAGAAUGCCAAUGUCAUUGUUGGUAUUUUACAGAUGAAGAAACUGAGACCAAGUAAAGGGAUGUGAGUUGCUCAAUCUUACACAACUAAAAAGUUCCAGAGCUGGGACUCAAUGUGGGUCUUCCAGCUUUCUAACUCAUUCAACUACCUGCCACAGCCCUUUAAUACUGGGGCCUCCUCACCUCAACCCUUAGGCAAAAAGAAUCCCCCAGCUUCGGCACUCUGGGCUGUUGGUUGAAGCCCUGGAAUUCCUAUAGCUUAUCCUCCCUCUGGAAUAUAGAUCCUCGAGGAGAGAUGAUCAGUAACUAAUUAAGUCAGAACCCAGCAAAGAUUAUCUUUACCCAUCCUGUGGAGUCUGUCCCAGUGUCCCAUAUACUAACCCUAAGAAUGUGAGAGAUUCCUCCUUUUCCCUACUCCUAGAUCAAUAUCCCAUAAUUCCUUGUCAAGAGCAAGAAUGUAGAAUGAAUAUGGCAGAUUUAGAUUGUAUAAAUUUUUCAAGAGGAAAGAUAAAAUGAUAGUAGAAGUGGAAUGGGUUUGGAAGUGGAAAGAAAUGAAUGUCCUGAGUCUGUUCCUAGCUCAAUAACUGAUUUAGGAAAAGGAAUUGGGAAAGGAUGGCAAAGGAUAUAUAAGAGAGAUCCAAGUUCUUAUUGAUGCAAGAUAAUGGAAGGAACAGAAGAAAAUUUUGAGGUUAAGGAGAAAUUCGUAUUUCCAAAGUGGUUUUAGGGGACCCUGUAAAAGUAGGAUGUAAUCAACAAAGCUACAUCUAUGUAGCUAUUUAUCUAGGAAUAGAAAAAAAAAUAGUGAAAGAGCAAACAUAUAUUCAUGAUGCUUUCUUUCUUUUAUGGAAAUUCAAAGAAUUUUUGACUUCUUCAUUCCUUUAUCUAUUCCACAGGUGAAAGAAUGUACACAAUGGAUCUGAAAUUAGAAGAUGUGUUUUAAAUCCUAGAUUCCAAUGCUGGCUCUGUUACUCUAGAUAAGUCACUUCAUCCUUCCAAGACUCACAUAUAUAUAAUUAACAUUCACACAUGUCUGUAUAUUGUGUUGCAGUGGGAAGAGCGUAAGGCUUGAAGACAUUAGAUACAGGUGCAAAUUCUGUCAGUCAUUAGCUGUGAUACCCUGGCAAGCUCUGAGCUUUGGGGAUAAUAAUCCUCUUCCUGAGAGUAUGAACUCUUGUUUUUUCUCUGUAUCUCCAAUGCAUAGCUCAGGGCCUAGUAUUUAGUAAGCAUUUAAUAAAUGCUCAUGGAUUGAUUGAAAGUGUUCAUAACUCAGAAAAGGAGAGGAGUUCUUAAUCAGGCAUCUGUGAAUUUUAAAAAUAUUUUGGUAGCUUUAUUUCAACAUAAAUUACUUCCUUAGUAAUCCUAUAUAUUUUUUAUUCAUUUAAAAACAUUAUUUUAAGGAGCGGUCCAUAGAUUUCGCCAGGGAUCUAAGAUGCAAGAACCCCUGACACAAGAGUAAUGAAUAAUAAUUCAUUAUAAUAAUUCAUAUGAUAAUAUGGCACUUUAUUCUUGUAAAGUGCUUUGAACCACAGCAUUUCAUCUGUUUUUAAUAAUAGCCCAAACAGAAAAACAGGACGGUAAUUGUUUAUAACACAUUUUAUGCUAUAAAAAUAUAAUUCCUGUCCUGUUGCUCAAAGUCAAUAAAUCAAUGACAGUCAGAAUUAGAACCCUGACUUUCAGUUCAGGACAUGUUGCUGUAGGAUUCAGAAAUUUGGAGGUGAAAGGGGGGCUGUGAACCAAAAUCAAGGAAGAAUAGUAAGUUGGUUAGUUGGUUGGUUAGUUGGUUGGUUGGUCAAACCCAAUAAGCCCAAAUGGCCUGGUCUCAUACUGCCACCUUGUGGUUAUUUGAAGGAUUGCCAUAAUAAUACUCAUUUCCCUAGAGCUCUUGUACAGUGGCUCCCAGAAUGGAGGAGAGGUCUCAUGGCUGAAUUCUACCAUUGCCUCUAACUGGCCCUUGUCUUCCAAACUAGCAUCCUAUAUCUCAGGAUAUGCUACAGCUGAGGAGACCUAGGAAAUUAACCUGGAUUUUCUGGAAGAUCAGAAAUGGGAAGAAACUUUUUUUUUUAACUUUUUGAAGAAAAGGUUACUGAAUUUGGAUCAAGAAAUUUGGGUCCAAAUACCAUUUCUUCUACUCACUAUGUGACCUUGAGCAUAGUACUUAAUCUCUGUUGACUUUAAUUUCUUCAUCUGUAAAAUAAGGGUUUGGAUUAGAUAAUCUUUAGAUGAUCUUCUAGCCCUCAAUCCAGUAAUGAUUCUAUGAAUUAUGUUCCUUUGUAUCUCCUUAGUACCUUUAGAAAUUUUGAACAAGUCCCUUCUCUGCAUGUCUUUAUUCAUUCAUCUGUAAAAUAGGAUAGUGAUAUUUACUCUUCCUAUCGGGACCCUUGCAAGGAUGAAGUGAGAUAAUUAAACUGUGACAUGCUAGAGAAAUGCCAGCUAUUACAUAUUCUCUCGUACACACAGGAUCAUAAAUUUAGGGUUGAAAGAUUUAAAGGGCCUUAAAGCUCAUUAAUUCUAAGCCCUCUCAUUUCACAAACGAAAGAACUGAGACUCAAAGAUAGGAAGUACCUUGCCCAAGGUUACGGUAAAUGGCGGAAUUUCAAUUCCAACUUAGGUUCCCUGACAUUGAAUCCAGGGCACCUUUCACUGUAGCUGAAUCCUUAAUUCUCUAUGAGUUGGUGCCAGAGAGUUGAUACCAAUCUUCUCUAUCUCGUAUUGUACAACUUUAUUAUUUUAUUUCAUUCAACAAACAUAUACCAAGUUUAGAUAAAAAUGAGCCCCAAUUCACCUUGGAAUGUAGCCUACUAGGAAGGGAUAACAUAUAAAUAGAUAUCCUCUAAUACCUACUGUUACAGUAACCCGCAUUAGAAAGGUAUAAAACAAAGUACUGUGAGUAUAUGUUAAUGUAAUUAAAAAUAAAAAUACCAAAUGAGCAAUUUAAAUAGUUUCUAGAAGACCCUUCUGCUAAUACUCAAGUGUAGCCAGACUCCUAUAGCCUGACUUUCCAUUAGUAGAUGAGCAUAAUGAGUUCGUCCCCUGGAAGAUAAUGGUAAUAAGCAUUUAUUAAGUACUUGCUAUUUACAAGGUUAUUACUAUUAAGCCCUGGAGAGAACAAAGACAAAAAUUAAACUUCCCUUGCCCUCAAGAGGCUUACAUUCUACUGAGGAAGAUAAUACAUAAAAACUAUUAGAAAAUAAUUUGAGGAGGGAAAGUACUAUAAUUAAAGAGAUUUAGAAUUUCUGAAAGGAGUGGUAACUAAGGUGAAUCUUGCAGGAAACCAAGGAUUCAAUGAAGCAGAAUUGGGGAGGAAGGGCAUUCCAGACUUCUGAGACUGCCAACAAAAAGGCCUAGAGAUUGGAAUUCUGAGUUUGGGAAACUGCAAGUAGAAGCCAGUUGAGAUGGAACACUGAGUGUAUAAAAAGGAAGAAAUAUGAAAUGUGUCAAUAAAGUGGUCUAAAGCCAGAAUAGAGAAGUUGGAAGCUGAGAAGUUUGCAUUUUAUUCUCUAGAAAAUGGGAAAAUAUUAGAGGGUUUUUUUCAGUAAGGGAAUAACACAGAUAGACUCAUGCUUUAGGAAGAUGAUUUUGGUACCUCCUCAGGAGGAGGAACCAGAGAGAGAAGAGACUGUGGAAGCAGGGAAACCAGUUAUGCUGUUGUUAAUAGUCGAGGCAAGCAAGAGGGAUGAGGGCCUCAACUAGGGUGGGGCUGUGAAGGUGAAGGAAAUAAGUGUUUUGGAGAGGUAGAAGGGAGAGCCUGGCCUGGAGGAUAAGGAAAGGGCAAAAUGUUUUUUCAUAAGGGUGAGAUGGGGUGUUAUUAUCUCCACCCUGCAGAUUAUAGACCUGAAGCUGGAGAAAUUUAAGUGAUUUCCCAGUGGUCUCACAGCUAGAGAACUUCCGCACUCAGAGGCCAGUCUUGGGGCUAGUCUGCUCUCCCAUGCUGCCCCAGUCUGAGUGCAUGGGAUGGGAGGGGCAGGGAGAAAUGGCCAGCACCAAGCCCAGAAAGGUCAAAUAGGACUUGAGUUAUGAAACAGAGUGGCUAGAGGGAGGGCCACUAGCAGGGGAUCAGUGCUAAAGUGGGCAGGCAAAGGCCGCACUCACAAAAUAAGAAUCAUGACUUUGUUUUAGCUGAAAGAGCUACAGAUUGAAGGCUGCUGUUUGCUGACCACUGUCCCAGGGUGAUCGCUAAUGGUCUGUGCAGCUUGUCUGUGUUCUAAGACAGUUCCCUGAGGACGGCUUCCGAGACUUAACACUGCAGAACCUGGCAGACCAGGGCUGACUCUCGCCUGAGAACACAGAAGGUCAGAGCUGGAAGGAGCCUGGGGAAAGGAGUCCAAGCCCCUCCUUUUACAGACGGGGCCACUGAAUCCCAAGCAUGUUUAAGCUUUACUUGUCUAAAUGUUGGAGGCAGUAUUUGAACCCUGGGAUAGUGAGCCCAAACAUUUGUGCCCCUUGCACUGUGCCGUGUCACACAGUAAUUAGGAGGGCUGCGAUUAGACCCCAGCUAUGACUCAAAAUCUAGUUUUCUUCCCACUGCACCGUGUUACUUUGUACAAGCAAUAGGCUGUACAAUAGUGCCCAAGUCAUUUUUUCCCCCUUAGCCUUCCUUACUCUUCUGGUAAAUGAAUUACUGCACUAGAAAGGCGUAGGGUUCUCUCCCAAGAGUUUUGCCAAUCUAGCUCUAUUUCCGUGGAAGAAAUAAUUCUCCAUAAGGGGCUGUGGGGCCAAAAUCGGAGCCCUUGAAAGGAAGUUCUAAGAAGGUUCCCAAACUGUACCAGGGGGCUGAGGAGAGAGGGUCUCCCGGGAAACCAAAAGGGUCUGGCAAGCUCUGGAAGAAAGCUGUCUGUAACACUAGGAGUGAACACCAGGGGGCACUGCUAUCAAAGUCACAGCGCCUAAAACCGAGAAACUUAGACUGGGUUUGGAUUGGGGAUUACUGCUCUCCUUUCUUUUAGGGAUGGAGGGGCAAAGAAGCUGACUCCCCACUGGAGAAUUUCUGCCACAUGUUGUCCAGGGCAAAGGAUUCAUGGCCCUGAACCAUUUCCCCAAAUACAUUCAAUCUCUCAAGCCAGAUUCCCUGCUUUAAAACAGUCACCUGGAAUUACAGAAUAUUAGGGUUGGAAGGGACAUUAGAAUAUAGAACAAGCACUAUCAGGUUUGAGAGAAAGAAACUGUUAAAUCAACUAAUCUAUCCUCUUUCAAAUUUAAAGAUUGGGGAACUGAGGCUCAGAGAGGGGAAGUCACCUAUCCAAAGUCACACAAAACAUUAGUGGCAGAGUUGGGAGAAGGACCCAGGUUUUCUGAUUCAUUUGAAAAAUUUUACAAAUUACAAAGGAAAGCCCAAGAGAUAGGAGAAAGAAUAGGGGAAUAAAGGCUUCCCCACAAAGGAAGGUUUGUUUAGCUUAGCUUUCUUAUCCUUUAGCCUAGCCAAAGGCCAGAAAGGGAAAAAACUGUGAAUAUAUAGAAUUAUAUAAUUUUUUAAAGCUAGAAGGGACCAUAGAUGUGUUUAUGUAAGUUUAUGCAUAUAUGUAUAUGAGCAUAUGUAACAAUGUAAACUUUUCAAGAACAGGGACUUUUUAUUUUUUAUCCCUAGCACCUGUCAUAACGCCUUGCAAAUAAUAGGUGCUUAAUAAAUGCUUGUCACUUGAAUUGUGUGGGGAGCAGAUGCACAUGUAUAUAAAUGUGGAGAAAGGAAAUAUGAAUAUGUGUAUGUGAAUGCAUGCAUCAGUGUAUUAUUGUUAUUUGUGCCUAUGCAUGUAAUGGUAAAUGUAUGUGUGUGUGUUAGGUAUAUAUACAUAGAUAUGUCAUCAUAAGAAGGACAUGUAAAUAGUAUGUAUCUCUAUGUGUCUAAGAGCUAGUAUCUUUUUGUAUGUUUCUUAUAUUUAAGAGCAUAUGUUUAUAGAGUUGUAUUUGUGGCCAUGUGAGUCUCCACUCCAAGAUGUCUCCUUCCCAGGCAGGCCUCAGUGUUCCUUCCCUUCCUCCAAGACCCUAUUUUCUUUCCUUGUUUCUCCCCUUUAAAGGCCUCCUACAUAAUUUUCUCCCAAAUUUAAUGACUCCCCCACUGUCUUCAGAAUAGCUCCUUCUUACCCCACAACAUCCACAACCGUCGUUUAGUCUAGCCCACAAAAGAAGCCUUUCUCUCCGACUACACAUGGAUAGGGUUCCUCUGGGUGGAGGUAAGCAAGAAAGAGACUGAGUAAGAGUAGGGUAGAGUGAACAUAGGACUAGAACUCAGGGAAGCAGGUUUCAAUAGCUGGCUCUGCAAUUUGCUUUUUACCCCUUCUAAACCUCAGUUUCUUUAUCUGUGAAAUGGCAGUAACAAUUGUUGCCCUACUUACAUUUCAUUAUAAAGAUCAUAUGAUAAUCAGUGUGAAAUCAGUGUUUAGACCAACUAUAAACAUCAACUAGUAGUAUCCUAUUAUUCAGUGAUUCACCAUUGAUUAAGUGUAUGGUUACAUGGAAAGAUCCCAAGAUAAGGAACCAAGAAAUCCACGUCCAAGCCCCAGCCUCCCCAUUACUUAGUCCGGUCCAUUUGCCAUCCAUCAUCACAGUGACUUUCCUAAAGCUCGGGUCUGACCAUGUCAUUUCUGAACUUGAUAAACUCCGAUGUCUCUAGUCUCAAAUAUCAAACAUAAAGUCCCCUAUUGGGGCUUUAAAGCUCUUCACCCCCUGGCCGCUUCCUACCUUCCCUUCCCUUCCACGCUCCUUGCGGAUCCUCACACUCGAUGCCCCAUUUCCCACCUCGAUGCCUUUGCACUGGCUUAUCCUGUGCCUAGAAUGCUGUCCCUCUUCCCUUCUUGGGAUCCCUGGUUUCUUUCAAAACUUCACUCAGGUGCAACUGUCUUCAGGAGACUUUUCCUGGUGCCUGCAGCUGCUGGUGCCUUUCUCUCUAAGGUCACUGUGUAUAUGUCUUGUAAAGCCGUAUGUAUGUACAAGUUGUCUGUGCCCGAGGGAUCAAACAUGUGGCCCACAAGCCACAUGUGGCCCACGACACUCCCAAGGGCCACAGGACUGAAAAUUAAAAUGUAACUGGGAAAUAUUUACCAAAAUAAAUAAAAACACAGUAGAUAAUGUUCAAA